UCCAUGGUUACUCAGGACUUGCGGAAAGCGCUCAGCAGCCCCACUGGCAUUUGCAGCCUCAGAGGGGAGAAAACACAUUUUGCGCUAAGAAUGCCUCCUACUCAGGCAGAAAGUGUUAUAAAGAAUAUAAUUCGAGAAAUAGGGCAAGAAUGUGCAUCUCAUGGAGAGAUUGUUUCUGAAACCUUGAUUGCUUUUAUGGUGAAAGCUGUUGUCCUGGAUCCAAGUAAUGGCUUUAACAUUGAUAGAAUCCUCAUAAAAAGCGAUGUACAGAAACUUGUUAAGGAUUGUGUGGCUCGGCUGUUGGAUACUAAGAAUCCUUCCCUGGACACCAUUAAGAUGCAAGUCUACUUUGAUAUGAAUUAUACAAGUCGAGAGGAAUUUCUGGAAGAGCAUCACCGGGUCCUAGAAUCCAGAUUAAGCCCUGUUAGCAGAGAAAUUACAGAUAACAGAGCAUGUGCCAGAGAUGAACUGGAAAGCCUCUACCGAAAGAUUGUCAGCUAUGUGCUACUGUGCUCUGGGCUGGGAUCCCCCACAGACAUCAAGAUUGUCAGAGAGGCAACAGCUGCCCUGCAAAGUGUGUUUCCUCAAGCUGAACUUUCAACAUUUCUAACUCUUUCCAAGAAGGACAAAGAACGCCAGUUGAAAGAACUCACCAUGAUUGUCACUGGAAUUCGCUUAUUUAACCGAGACUGUGGGAAGGGAGGAGAAGGCAUUGAUGAUUUGCCAGCUAUUCUCAAUGAAGCAAUCCCAGCCACCACUCGCCAUAUUGAUAACCAACUUCAGGUGGCCCAGGACCAGGCGUACUAUUACACAGCUAUCCUUGAGAAAGCCACUGUAAAUCCACUCAGGGUUAUAGAGCUUCAGCAGUACAUGCUAAAGGAAGCACUCUACAAUGUUCGACAAUAUGAGGUAUUCCUUCAGAUCAUUCUGUCAGAUAUAAUUACUUGUGCUCAAGAAGUGGAAAUGAUGAUACAGCAGUUAAAAGCCUACCUGGAACAAUUAAAAACGACAGUGAAAGCAAAGACGGCUGUUCCCACAUCACAAGUCUUUCCCAUCUUUAUUGCACUUUCCAAUCUGUGGACUGGCUUUCAAGAUGAAGUUGUUUUGAUUAGUGUUCUCAGUAAUUUAACCACUCACCUUGAGCCAUUUCUGGGAUCUCAUGAACAACUAUUUCCAGAGAAAAUAAUGCAAGAGCUUCUUCGUGGAGUGACAGUGAAAACUGACAUUGUUAGAAUGAAAGAACACAUGGAAGAAAGAGUACAUUCAGCAGAUUUCAGAAAACUGGAAUGGCUUUUUCCGGAAAUGACAGCAAAUUUUGACAAAUUAUUAAUUCAGUAUCGGGGAUUUUGUGCCUACACAUUUGCUGAAAAAGAUGGUCUUCUUCUCCCAGGAAAUCCAGCAAUUGGAAUUUUGAAAUAUAAAGAAAAAUACUACACUUUCAACAGCAGAGAAGCUGCAUAUGCAUUUGCAGACAAUCCUGACAAAUACAUUGAUUUAAUUAGAGAAAGGGCUAAAAAAAAUGCAGAAUUGAUUCAGCUGCUAGAACUUCAUCAACAGUUUGAAACCCUGGUUCCAUAUUCUCAGGUAAGUAGGGCCAUUAUGUUAAGAAUUUACUAACUUGUAAAGAUCAAGUUACAUUUUCCUUUAGCUUAAUUCCCAUGUCAAGGCCUAGAAAGGAUUGAGUGAGGGUA